AUGGCCAUCGAGAUCAACCCCCCACCGACGCUGCUCGACGUCGAUGCGCUCAUCGACGACCUGUCGAGCGAGGAGAAGAUCGCGCUCCUGUCCGGCGAUGACAUGUGGCACACUGUUGCCGUUGAGCGGGCGGGGAUUCCACGAGUUCGGUGCGGUGACGGGCCCAAUGGUGUCCGCGGCACAGCCUGGACAAACGGCGCCCCAGCAUCAUGCUUUCCCUGCGGGACGGGCAUCGGCGCCAGUUUUGACCUCGACCUCGCGUUCCGUAUCGGCCAGGCGCUGGGCGACGAGUGCCGUGCGCGCGGGGUCCACUGCCUGCUCGGCCCGACGACCAACAUCCAGCGCCAUCCCCUCGGCGGGCGCGGGUUCGAGACGUACGGCGAGGACCCGUUGCUUGCUGGCCAUGUUGCCUCGGCGUGGAUCAACGGCGUGCAGUCGAAGGGAGUCAUGGCGACGCCGAAACACUACCUCGCCAACGAACAAGAGUUCAUGCGCCGCUCAACCAACUCGGUCCUCGACGAGCGCACAAUGCACGAGAUCUACCUCGAGCCCUUCCGACAGCAGUGCAAGACGUCCCCGAAAGUCUUCAUGACGAGCUAUAACCGCGUCAACGGGCUGCAUGUCGCCGAGCACCCGUAUCUGCUGCGCAAGAUCCUGCGCGGGGAUUUCGGCUUCAGCGGGAUGAUCAUCUCGGACUGGAGCGGGACGUACUCGUCGAGCGAGGCGAUCAAGGCCGGGCUCGACCUCGAGAUGCCCGGCCCGGCGUUCAUGCGCGGGACGUGUGUCGAGCGCGAUAUUGUCAGCGGCAAGCUCACCCAAUCGGACGUGGACGAGUGCGUGCGCAAUGUCCUCGGGUUCGUCAACGAGGCGAUCAAGUCGGGCAUCCCGUUCGACGCGGAGGAAAAGUCGAUCGACACGCCUGAAGUCCGCGCGCUGUUGAGGGAAUCCGCCGGCGCCGCCGUCGUGCUGCUUAAGAACGAGCGCAAGAUGCUCCCUAUCGCGCCGACACCGGGCAUGAAGAUCGCCGUCAUUGGCCCAAACGCCAAGAACGCCACGACGGCCGGUGGCGGAUCGGCCAACCUGGCCCCCACGUACACUGUCACCCCGCACGACGCGAUCGCCAAGGCGGCGACCGCGGCCGGCGCGACCGUCUCGUACGCGCUCGGAGCGGCAGGCGACAGGUGGCUGCCCCUGCUCUCGCCUUACAUCUUCCUCGAGGACGGGACCCCCGGCGUCAUGUGCCACUUCUACGACACCAACCCGUGGACCACGUCCCCGGCCCCCAAGCCGCUGUUCUCAAAGUACAACAACUCGGGCUUCAGCUACUUCAUCGACGGCAUCCCUAAGGAGAUCCCGGUGCGCGGGUACGUGUCGCUCCGUACGCGCUUCGUGCCCGACGUCAGCGGGCGGUGGGAGCUCGGCCUCGGCGUGUCGGGCCAGGCGGACCUGUACGUCGACGGCGUCAAGUCAAUCGAUAACCGCACCGACCAGGAGCCGAGUGUGCUCUUCUUCAACAUGGGCGCCGAGGAGCGCGCUGCCGUGCUCGAGGUCGAAGCGGGCAAGAGCUACGACCUCGAGGUGCGCUUCUCAAACUUCAAGCAGCUGCACUCGACCAGCCCGUACUCUGGCCGCCGCGGCGGCAUCCGUAUCGGCGGCCGGCCGCUGCGGUCUGCCGCCGACGAGAUCGCCUCGGCCGUCGAGCUGGCACGCAGCUCAGACGUCGCCAUCGUGUGCGUCGGCACGAACUGCGAGUGGGAGUCGGAGGCGUACGACCGCGACACGCUCGCGCUGCCAGGCGCAAGCGACGAGCUGGUCCGCGCCGUGCUCGCCGCCAACCCCAACACGGUGGUCGUCAACCAGUCGGGCAUGCCCGUCCAGUUCCCCUGGCUCGACGAGUGCCCCACGCUCCUGCAGGCCUUCCUCGGCGGCAACGAGUGUGGCCAGGCCGUCGCGGACGCGCUGUUCGGCACCAUCAACCCGAGCGGCAAGCUCCCCAUCACGUGGCCCGUCAAGGUCGAGGACUACCCCUCGCACGAGGGCUUCGGGCACCCCGUCACGACAGUGUACACCGAGGGCAUCUACGUCGGCUACCGCCACUUUGACCGUGCGCGCGGGGCGCGCAGCGCCUUCCCGUUCGGCUACGGCCUGAGCUACACGACGUUCGAGCUCUCCGACCUCAAGGUCGCGUCUGCGGCGGGCUUUGGUGCAACCGCCUCCUUCACCGUCACGAACACUGGGGACGUCGCGGGUGCCGAGGUGGCCCAGGUGUACGUGCACCAGUCUGCGCCGUCUAUCGACCGCCCCGAGAUCGAGCUGGGCGGGUUUACAAAGGUGCACCUCGCGCCUGGCGAGUCGCGCCGUGUGAGCGUCACGCUCGACCACAAGGCGUUCAGCUGGUACAGUGUCGCUGAGGGUUGCUGGGUCGGCGAGUCCGGUGCGUUCGAGAUCCGCGUCGGCACGUCCUCGACGGCCAUCAAGCUCGCCGCGCCGUUCUACCAGGAGCGGAGCUUCAAGUGGACCGGGCUGGCCGAGCCCGUCGCGGCUUCCAAGCUGUACCAGGCAUGA